AUGGAGCGGGGCAUAAAAGAAGCUGCACAGCAGUGCGUCGACCUUUUCACACAGUGCUUGGAAGAUCCACCACUCAUGGAAAACGAGUGGGCUGAGAAUCGUCUUGCGGAUAUGAACUUAUGGAUAUCAGGCACCGGAGCCUGCGCCAGAGGACGAGCUUCUUUGGACUCGAGACUAGCUUCGAGGCCCGAAGCUCACGAUGUGAUCGUCAAUAUAUUGCGCCUGCUAAGUACUAUGAUUGACGAAUGUCUAAAUCGAAACAAAACACCAGAUUUUUCGCAUAUUUCUCAUAAUGAGGAAGACCCUACCUUUUCUGAGCACGAAGGACAAGGGCGAUCCUUUUCCCCAUGGUCCGAUGAUUCCAGCUCUGAUGGACAGUCGCCAGACUGUCAUGAGUUGCAGAAUCCGUCCGGGAACCUGUUGUAUGAGUCAAUGUAUGACAUUGAGUCGAUGAUGGAUCAACUUUCCCGGGUCGCAGUUGCCAUUCGUCGCUCCGGACGACGUUCACGGUUGCAAAAGGCGGACCAACUGUUUAACGCAUCAGAGCACCAGGAACUAGAAGGCCACCUUGUCGGAAUGUUACUAUGUCAAUUGAAUGGUCGUAUCCAAAAAAGAGACUCAUCGCAGUUGAAUGAAGUACAAUUGCGAUUGGUACACUGCAACCUAAAGCGUCGAAAUCGCUUUUUGUACUCUCAGAGACACGCCAUGGGUCUGGACGCUGGCAACGUACGUCGCACACCUGUACCGAAGCCAGCUGGAUCAGCACAGAAGGAGACACCUCAAGAAAAACCAGGCUGGGAAUCCUUAAAUAAUAGCCCAAUACACGCCAACAACACCGUAAUCACUGGGACCAGUGCCUCCAGAUUGUCCGAUGGCUUUCAGUUACCACAACCAGGCCACACACUACACCAAAUAGACCACGCUAAAUCCGUCACGCUUUCUGCAGUAUCAAACACUGCACUCGAAGUAGAUUACCCGCGCCCGCCUCAGCUCAAAGAUGAUGCGCGGCUCUUUCGGUGUCCCUGUUGCUGCGAAGCGCUUCCUGCAAAAAUGACAGAUGAUAUUAGGUGGAGGAAACAUAUCGAAGAUGAUUUGAGCCCCUACACCUGUGUUUUGGCUAGUUGCGAUCAGCCUUAUGUCCUCUUCAAUACAAAGGAUAGUUGGCGACAGCACAUGCUGAAGGACCACAACAGCAUGACAUAUUGGACAUGCUUUGCAUGUUGUGAUGGAAAAAAAUUUUCGAGAAGGAAAGACUUUGUACAGCACACAAAGUUCUUUCAUGCUGCGACCGUUCCAUUAGCCCAUAUACCAGUCCUGGAUGAGUUGUCCAAGAAGACAAUACCAUCAGAAAUCCGACACUGUCCACUGUGCAAUUGGCCAGAAGCCGACGAAGUCGGAGUGGAAAAAGAGGCACUGUUCAAUCAUAUCGCUAAGGAGGUCCACUCUUUCUCGCUCCGGGCAUUACCAUGGGCCGAUGAUAACGGACAGGAGAGUGAUAAUAAUAUCCACAACUGCUCCGAAAAGGUCUACGACUGGCUGAUCAAGAAUAGUAUUCAAGCAUAUCCCAGUAUAGAGCGACCUCCCCGGGAGGAGAGGUUAUGGUAUGAUGGCUAUUUCCAGAAAAAUGCUUAUUUUGCUUGCAGCUCAGAAUCAUCGUCCUCAUUUGAGUUUGAUUUUGACAGAUCGAGGCAAAUGGAUCUUGACGAACUAAGAAAGAUGAAUGAAAUCGAGUCUCCAGGACAGAAUAGUGAAGUAAAUGCAAAUCCAGCACUUCAUUCCUCGACGUCUAAACCACAAGGAUAUGAUGGAAAGCGGGUCGAGGAUCUCGAGAUACCCAUGGAAUCUCGCAGGAUAAAGCUCAGUGAAGAGCAUUCUGACACUAAGCAUACACCUUUAGAUGCUUCGAGCGACAUCUUCGUGCAGAACGAGAAAGACCUUCCCUCAGCACCCGCCUAUUUCUGGGGCCCUUCCUCGGAUACGAGGACAGCGGCGCUUAUUUUCCUUGACACAAACGCUUCUGCUGAUAUUAUGUCUCACAAAUUUGCGAAGGAAUUAGACGUCCCAUUGAAACCUUGGCCAAAUGUCUUGGUCUGCACCCCCAGUACGGGGUCCGCGAUAAAAUCUGAAAUUGAGGUGUACUGGAGGUUUACACGAUAUGAAGGCGUUUAUCGCACCAAAUUCCUGGUCCUGGACAUGGACACGGACAAGUACGAUGCAGUUCUCGGGAGGAAGUCUAUUUCUAGAUUCAGGUUGUUUCAGUCUCCACCUCUAAAUCCAGUCUCGGAUAGGCCUUAUUUGAGGCGCCAUAUUACUAGCAAAGCAACGAAACAACGGAAGCAAGCAAAUUAA